GUCACACCUGUUGAUGAGCACAGAACCAUGGCGUCGUUUGUCUUUUGCUUUUUGUUUGUCUUUCUCGCACACAACCAAGCAUUUUCAUGCUACAUUAUACAAGAGAAGGACCCAUCUUCUGGUAGAUACCGCUGGGUGGUUCCGGCGCCUGACCCCUGCCAAUGUACCCAGAUCGAACUGGGUGGCAAGAACACCCAGACACCUAGCCGACCCUUCAACGUGACCUACUAUGAUACCUUUAUCAUUAGCAACAACUCAGAAGAGAUUCAAAAAUGGCUCAAGUGUCCAGACGUCACCUGCUCAACUAAGGACAUUUACAGCUCGGCCGGUGUUACCAGUGAUUGCACGAAUGACGUCAUUGUGACGUAUGGCACUAUUUGUCAACUGUCAUGUGACUAUGGUUACAUACAAGCAACGUCAUCAGCAUCAUGUCAAAGCAAUGGACAUAGUAUCGGGGUGUGGUCAGGGAACACUCUCAACUGCAAGGUUGUGAAUUGCCAACCAACAGCUCCUGAUAAUGGGUACAUUAAGUGUGGAUACCAACGAAUCACUGGGACCAACCAAUCCUCACCCAUUGAUACAUGUGAAUGUGAAGUCACAUGUCAAGGAAGCUAUACUUUAAUUGGUUCAGCCAAUAUUACAUGCCCGGUGGAUGGGAGUUGUGACGUAAGUGGCUCUGAAUGUACUAAAGAAAUAAAAUGUAAAUAUUCACCAGUUCCGUCAGAUGACCACAUUAGAAAGGAAAAUGGUACUUGCACCGGGGGUGCUCUGAUUGGUUCAACCUGUCAGCUCAGCUGUGAUACUGGCUUCAUUCUAUCAACUGGGGGCAACUCAACAACGAGGAAAUGCCAAUUAUAUUGCUCUACGGAGAGAUGGGUAAUAUGGCAAAACAUAUGCAACUACUUCUACUCUACAAAAUGGCAUCCGCUCAAUGCACCAUCCUGUUUAGCCAUAUCAUCUUGUCGUGAAUACAUUGAAGCUGGGCAUUCACAUGGUAACGGUAACUACUUGGUAUCUCCACGUUGUCUAGGCAACUCGCUUAGUCCGAUAACUGUGUAUUGUGACCAAGAAUCCAACGGCGGUGGAUGGAUGAGGUUUUACUACAAAAGUGGAGGAGAAUGCGUCAAGUACCCAGCCGUCGACUGGUCUCGUGAGCUGGUCAGUUGCCUGGGGUUGGACAACAACAGAGAAGUAUCCUUCGCAGUUAGUGAUGACGUCACUACAUUGAGCACAAACAACUCAUGGAUUCUCAAUGGAUGUUCCUGGUCGGUUGACAAGGACGAGCCCGGUGACGUCAUCGCCAACCUGGCCAAUUGUAAAACACCUACGGGCGACAAUUGGUCAGCUACCUACCAAAAGAAGUUGGUGCAUAUCACCGGAGUGUUCUCUACCUUCGGUGAUUGGUCGAGUAUGAAUGAUGGCUGUGGCCAGUACAUUCAUGUUGGUAACAACACAUCCAUCCGCAUUGGCGGAGCGCGCAAAAACAAGGGGGAGUUUGUAAAUAUCGACUCGACUUGUGACACUGAGAACGCUCUCAAAUCGCUCUGGGAUGAAGAUGACGUCAGAGUCAUGUGGAUCAAGACCUAAGUCGGCAUUCGACAACAGUUGCAUAAAAUAUGUUUUAUUGUUGUGUUUACUGGGCUAUAGUGUGUUAGGAAACUUGAUGUAACAAUGUAUAUUCACGUUUACUGACUUUAAGAAAUAGUACCGUCAUUCGAUAAUUCGAAACAUUUUCGAAGGACGUAGGCUUACCAUACACUGCUUUACAAAAGUGUCUGGUUGCGAUCAAAGAAGGGUCGCAUAAUAUAUUGUUUACAAGUGAAAAUGACGUCAGAGUCAUGCGCAUGGAAGACCUAAAAACAGUACAACCGAAGAUUGUUUUUGCGUAUUAUAGCUUUGUGAUUAUGUAGUAAUGUUUUGAACUUUAUAAGGAAUAUAAAUAAUAAGUGUACCUGUUAGAAAUGUUAAGCUAAAAGUGAAGCUGCAUCAGUUGGAUCUUGAUCCGGAUCAUUGUGGACCCCGGAGUUAUUAUUAUUAUUAUUUUUUA